AUGAUUAAAUUUUUGGCAUUGACUUUAUUGCUACAGUAUGUGGCUCAAGGUAAAACUUAUUUAGGUGGACUUAUAGCUACUUCAUCUCCUAUUUCUUUUUCUCCAACUCAAAUCAGAUCCGCUGCAAGCUAUAAUUUAAAGUUUUCACUUUUUUCAUUUACUCCUAUUGAUGCUAUAAUUACUGUAAUUUUCCCGGAUAAUUCUGUUUUAUUCAGCAGUUCAUCAAAUUACUUAUGUUCUCUUUCUAGAUCAGAUAACUCGAUACCUCCAAACGCUUAUUGCAUAUCAGAUUUCAGCACUCGUUCAAUAUCAAUAUAUAAUUUUUUUUUGUCUGGAGUAGUUAUAGCUGGAUCAAAUGCUGUAUUUUCAAUUGAUUUUCUUCAGAUCAAUAAUCCUAAAACAACAGAAAUAACAUCAGCUGUCAUAAUAAAAACACUAACAAGCAGCUCAAGCCUGAUUGAUCAAUCUGAUUCUCAAGAUUUUAAUUUAACAAUCCAGGCUACGACAGCUUCUAUGACAUCAGCUUCAAUUAUAGCUGAGUCGAACAUUAUUGGUGACAUUACAACUUGGACUUUCUCUUAUCAGCCUCUUUAUGAAUCUAUCGCUUUAUCAACAAUUUAUAUUGAGUUUCCUUCAUGAAAUGGCUAUAUUGGCGCUAGUGGAUCCGAUAUUCAAGAAAUCAUAACAACUACUAAUCCUUCAUGCAUUGGAGUUACUAAUAUUGAUUCUGCAAUUACCUGCAGCUGGAAUAGCCAAAAUCGAACAUUAAUCGUUACAAAUGGAUUUCCAUCUUUCUCAAUACAAGGAAUUGUAAUUUUUAAUGUUACAUCAUGCAAUAACCCUCCAAGAAGCGCUGCACUUACUGGUUUUCGUUUUUAUUUAAAAUCAUCCAACUCUUGGAUUUAUGAAUCUAGCACAAAGUCUGUUUCUGUAUCAGUUUCAAAGCCAAAUAUUAUUAAAAUUGAUAAUUCAGCUGUGAGCUUAUCUAACUCUCAAACUCAGGUUCGGACAUAUCUUUCUAUCAAAUUUAGCCCAAAUGUUCCUUUUUUAAAGGAUGAUAUAAUCGAAUAUUCUGUUCCUUCCGAAACCUCUUUCUAUUACAGUGCGUAUAUCAACAAUUAUAAUGGAUUUUCUGCAAGGCCAGACUUAAUUAGAGUUAGCUCGAAUGUAGUAAGAGCUAUAAAAGGUUUUCCUUAUUAUUCUAGCCCUUCAUUAGUCAAUAUUGAAAUUAUUUAUAUGUUAACUCCUAAUUCAACAAAGCCUACAGGAACAUUUACUAUAAGGCAUUUGUCAUCAAAUUUAGACGUUAUUGCAGAAGGAAGUGGUGGGGCCAUCAAAGUCAACCCUUCAAGUCUCAGCAUGAAGAAUUUUAAUCCAUACCUUAUUUCAACAAACUAUACAAUCAAAGCAACUGCAACUUAUUAUUUCCAAUUUUUAAUCAAUAAAGUUCCAGCUGGCUGCUCAAUAGUGGUAUAUUUUCCUCUCCAAAUCAAAGCUGCAUCAAGAGCCAGUGCAGUUUGCCAGUAUAUUUUAUUUGGACUUGAUGGUAAUGCAAAAUGUCUUGUGCAGAAUAAUAUUCUUUACAUUUUUGAUGGGUUUCAGAGGGAAUAUAAUGGAGAGAUAUGGUUUGGGAUCGAUCAAAUUACAAAUCCUGAUACAAAUGCCGCAACUAAAUCAUUCAACAUAACAACAUACACUGAUAAUACACUAACUUAUAUGAUUGAUUCUACUGCUUCUAAUAUAGUUUUUACUGCUACUUACAAUUCUAAUUUUUUACAGGUAGUUCCUUGAUCGUUUACAACUGGAGAUAACACUACUUAUCUUUUUAUUGUUUCCACAUCCUAUACGAUUCCUGCAGGGAGUCAGAUUUCAAUAUCAUUUCCUGCUAAUAUAACAGUUUCUAGUAGCAUUAAUACUUGCUAUGAAAUUAUUGGGGUCAAUACUAAUAGCUAUACAUGCAAUUACGUAAAUAAUCAACUCUUGAUCACAAAUUGAUUUAACUCAAUAAAAGAUCCUGGCACCUUGUCAUUCUACAUUAAUGGUGUAAUCAACCCUUUCUCGACCAAAACAUCAGACCCUUUUAAGGCAACAAUUUAUGAUUCAUAUGGGAAUAUUGUUGAUUUUAUAUCAACCGGAUUAAAUACUGUACGAAUGUCAAGCAUCCACUGAUUAAGCCCUUUUUUAAUAAGUAUGAGCGAUAACACUAAUGGAGCUACAUCAAAUUAUACUGUAUCAAUAACUACUUUUAACCCAAUACCAGCAGUACUUAGGAUUGAGCUUUGAUCAUUAUUAGGUUUAUGAUCAUCCAUGCUAUCCCAGCCAAUAUGUGAGGCUAAAUCUAGUAGUAUUAUUUCUAUUUCUUGCGCGCGUUCAAGCUCUACCCUUAUAGCUUCACUAGUACUAUCAAAUGAUUUGCCCAGCAAAACUGUUCUUUCAUACUCAAUUUGAAAUGUGAAAAAUCCAAUUACAACCAAGAGUAGCUACAUUGCUGCUACUACGAUAGAUUCAGGUGGCUAUGCAAUGGAAUAUUCAAGUACUUAUCUUGUAACAAUACCCGCAAAUAUUACAGAUAUUAAUAUAACCGCUGCUAAUAAUGAGAUAGGGAUGAAGACUAAUUAUACCAUUUCUUAUUUUCCGGUAAAUCUGCAUCCUUCUGGAUCAUCUCUUACAAUAAAUAUUCCUCCUGAAUUUUCUCUUGGAAAUGUUGGAUGCAUUCCUAUCACCUUAGGAUAUAAAUUCAACUGCAGUAUUUCCUUAUUUAGCAUUACAACGAUCAAUGGAUUUGAUUCUAGCUACAACUCUUCAGCAAAAAUUUCAUUUGCUAUUACAAAUAUUGUAAACCCACCGAGAAAAAUAGUUACUUCUCCAUGAAUUUUGAAAUCAUGAGCAGGAACCUAUCAGAUUGAUCAAUCUACAGCUAUAAUUUCAUCGUUCAAUUGCUCAUCUAGCUGCUCAGAAUGUAAAUAUGCAUCAACAAAUUGCACAUCAUGCUAUGAAGAUUAUUAUUUACUAAAUUCUUCAUGCGUAGCUUCAUGCCCACCAAAUCAUAUUUCAAACUCUACUGCAAGAGUAUGUAUGCUAUGUCCAAGUCUUUACCCCAUUGCGUAUAAUAAUACCUGUAGUCAAAAAUGUUUAGAUCACCAAUGGAAAGAUAACGGAAUAUGCUAUGAUUGCAUUAGUCCAUGCUUAACCUGUAAAAGCAGUAGCUUUUGCACAUCAUGUGCACAAGCUGCAGCACAUCCUAAUCUUGUAGCCCAAGUAUAUUUAUAUCCUGAUGAUGGCACCUGCCUAAUAGAAUGUCCUUUAGGCACUUUACCAAAUUCCACUACUUUCACGUGUGAUCCUUGCUUUAAUUGCAUCCCUUGCCCAGAUGGCUUUUAUUCAACAUUAGGAACGAAUGACUGUGCUAAUCUUUGUGAUGAAUCAUGCAAGACCUGCACCUCUAAAUUUCGUUGCUUAGAAUGCUUGGACUAUAAAAAAUAUUUCGACGGCGAUACAUGCAAGUAUUGCGACAGGAAUUUUUAUUCUAAUCUAGAUGGGAAAACUUGCUCGCAUUGCUUAGUGAACCAGUACUCGGAUCCAGGUGAAAAUAUUUGCAGAAGCACUUGCUCUGGGCCAAGCUGUGAAUUUUGUAUAAAAUGUGAUAAAGAAUGUAGAAAAUGCUGAAAUUAUGAUGAUUUUAUUCCGAUGAGUCAAGCUUAUAUCAUAAUAUGUUUGGAAUUGGAAAUUCCAGACGAGGAAUUUAUUGUAGGACAGAUCUCGGAUGAAUUUAUAGUAAAUAUGAACCAUUCAUGCCCUAAUUUAUUAUUAAAAUCAAUGAAUGAUGAGAUUAGGUUUAUUACAACAGAAUAUUCCAAUUUUAAAAUUAUCAUCAAUCCAGAAUAUGAUAUAAUAAAUAAUCCCCCUUAUUUCUCUAUUGAAAUUGGAAAAAUACCGUUAAAUGUCUCUAUAAAUCCAAAAUAUGAUGAUUUUUCAUUGUUUAUUAUGAAUAAUGAAAAUUUCAUACAGCAAUCCUAUGAACAGUUUGGCAGAGUCUUUAUAAAGCUCCAAGGAGGGAUUAUCUUUAAUGCAAAUCUAUAUUAUAACAAUACUUAUUCUUGCUACUCAAUGCUUUCAGAUACUACCAUCUCAGAAAUGGGUGGAAAAUCUAUUCAAUGCUAUAUACAAAAUGAAUCAAACUUAAUCAUAAUUAUGGAUCAGUGGACGGCAGCUACAAAUUUCCUAGUAUUUAAGAAUAAUGUAUUUUCGAAAAAAAAUCAGCCAAAUAUAACAAACUUAAAAUUUAUCAAUUUAGAGAUUAAAAAUUUUAAUCCCUCCCACCCUGUUCCUAUCAUAAAUUCUGUAUCAAGAAUUUGUUGUGGCUGCAAUUUUACCCUUGAUGCAUCACUGUCAUCUGGAUUAGGAGUUCUAAACUACAAAUGAUAUAUUAAUAAUGUAUUUUUUUCCAAAGAGCCUGUUACAUACACUUUAGCCCGAGAUUGUGGAGUUAAAAGUGAUAUAGAAGUUAAAUUGGAAAUCAAUGAUUUAUGGCAUACUGAAAUAGUACAAAAGAAUAUAAAGCUUGAGCAGGUUCCUUCAAUUUUGGUAAUAAAUCGUGAUGAUGCAAUAACCACACAUAAAUAUGCAACAUUUUCUGCCGAUGUUUAUUGAAAUUCAACAACACAAAGUAGCUCUAUAUUUGAUAUUGAGUGGAGUUAUUGGCCAGGAAAUAGCAAAACACAGGCUAUUACAAUAAAAGGACAAAAGGAAUUUUCAACCGUUUUUUAUGAUGAAGUAAAUUACACAAUUUCUGCUACCGCUAUUCCAAGAAAUGCAGAUUUUGCCUCAGAUAAUGAAACUAUUUAUAUAGUUCCAGCUCCAGAUAUUCCUAUGCUAUUAAUAAUAGGAGUAAAUUCGUCUAUUUAUUGGGCUGCUCAAAUCUCAUUUUACGUCGAUCUGGUUUAUAGUGAUGGGUAUAAAGAUAGGAAAUAUCCUAUUGUUUUGUCAGAAAUCAACUGCCCAUAUGGUAAUUUAACUGGCAGUAGAAAUGGAGAUUUUUCGUUUCUUGGAAGAGAAAAUGAAAACUAUUGAUGUGGUUUCACUGUGAAUGUCACUUUUUCAUCAAAAAUCUUUAAAAGUAUUCCAUGCUAUUUUAAUGUAUCAAGAAGUAAAGUUCCUGAAGUAUAUGUUCCUUAUUACUGAGAUUAUUUUGAUUACUCAGCACCUACAAGAUUUAUGGCAAACAUCCCUGACCAAACAGACUUAAUAAUAAAAUGAGUCAAAACUGACAGCAAUCCUGAGAUAAUUAAAAUAUGGCGUCUUCGUCUGGGCAUGGCCUCCCGGCCAUGCAGCCUCGACUCAUAUUUUAAUUAUAUCCGGCAAGGUUUUGCAUUUCAGAAAGGGACAGCAAUGCUAGGUAAGCAAUUCUGAUGGAGCUCAGAGCCUAGCCCAAGUCUAUUUUCAGGGAUGUUUUUUCCUCAUGGGGAAGGAGGCACGACAGUUGGAAAGGGGAAGCUCAGCAGAGUCCGUUAGGACCAUUCGGGCAACUCCCUAGCGUGAAACUGGGCGUUACGUCCCAGGCUCCGUGUUUACCCUUUUUGCCGAAAGCCUACCAGAAAAUCCAUUUUUUAUGGAUUUUCGGAAUGGCAACCCAUGUCCUCAAGCGAAGUAGCUCAGUCAUGAGCCGUCGAAGUCGGCAACACCUGCGACUAGGUGCACUGGUGUACAAGGCUGGUCGACCCAGAGGCAAUUGCUGGCCCUUUGCGCCAUAGGCGGGCGGAAGCUCUGGGAUGGGCAACCCCGUAAGGGACGUUAAGCGUAUAAAUCUAAUAGAAUAGACAGCAAUCCUGAGAUUGACAUAUCAACUCCCAAAAACCAAUCUUCAUAUACAAUAGAUGCCUUCACUUUAAUUCCUGGGCUUACUUAUGAAUUCAAAAUAAUAGCAAGGAAUAAUAUUACAAAUGCAACUACAGAGGUGGUCACAAGAAGACCUGUAAACAGCCCCCCUCAAGGGGGAUCAUUUUCUAUCACUCCAACAUCUGGCUAUUCCUUGGAUACAAAAUUUUUAGCUAUAUUUUCUGGAUGAGCUGACCCUGAGCAAAAUAAACCACUCUCUUAUCAAGUUUUCCAACAAAAUGAUAAAGAAGCCAUUGCAAUUACUCCUAAAACGUCUAGCAGUGUUUUUACCCUCUCUAUAGGGAGUGUUGGGAAUAUAUCAUUAAUUGGAAGAAUUUAUGAUGGCUUAGGCACAUUUACGAAUAAAACUUUUCUAAUAGAAGUAAAACCAGUUAAUAAAGAUUCAAAAAGUGAAGCAGAUCAACUUAAGACAGCGGGAUUAAAUAUGGAUCAAACGAUGUAUAUUUCAAAAAUUGUAGCGAUUUCUAAGCAUACAUUUGAAAAUUAUAUGGACGGUAACUAUACUCAAAGUGUCAUCAAUAUUUUAGUCGAUGCUUUAAAUUUAUGGACAUUCAGCAAGAGUAUAAGUUUAAGCGAUGUCAGUGCUUCAGUUGACAUUGUCAGCGUAUUCUUAAAUCAGUCGAAAAUCUAUGAUAAAAACUUAAUAUCAAAUAUCAGCUGAACUCUAGAAAAUGUGCUUAAUCAAACACCAAAACUUGAUUUUGGGACUUAUUCAGUGUUUCUGAAAGAAAUUGAUUUACUUUCAUCACGAAUUUAUGAACUAAAUAGCCUGCAAAAUAAUAUUAUGUAUUGCAAUAAUUUCUUAUCAUGCAUAUGCAUGUCAAUUUGAAUUUGGUAUGUGAAAACCAAAUAUGCGUUUCAAAACGCAGAUUUUAGUGCGGCAAAUUCAUAAUUUGAAAUUUCAAAUGAAAAUGGCGCGUAUAACGUCCAUAAGAAAUUUAUGCAACGCAUAAUAGCACAAAUCAGCUUUCCUUUUUUGAAAAUUUUGAUAAGUCAUUUCAAGAAGCAUCUACUAAGUAUCAGAUCACAACAAAUCCCAACGAAAAUUCCAUCAAGUACAAUGGGGAAUUUUAUAAUUCAACAAUUGUUUCUAAGGAUAAGAACACAUUAAAUACACCUAUAAGUCUCGAUAAAGUCGGACUUAUAGCAAAUUUUUAUGUUGACACUUCUCAAGAUAAUGACAACACAAUCUAUCAUCAGUCGUUAAUUUCAUUUAACUCGAUAGGGAAUAUCACAAGCAGCUUAAUUUUAAACUCCUCAGCUUAUAGUGCUACGAUUGGCUCUUGCUCUUUUCAUAAGGAUAAUUGACAAUUAGAGUCCUCAGAUUUUAAAAUAAAUCAAGAGUUUAAAUAUCCAUCCAGCAUUAGUUCUCCCUUUAUAAAGCCAAACAUCACAAAAACAACUAGUGAUCUUUAUAGUCGAAAUUACGAGCAAGUAAAUGCAUCCAAUGUCGUUCUCGCUAUUUCACCUUCACUUCUUAGCUCAGAAGGAGAUUACUCGUGCCAAAUAUUAGACCAAAGCUCGAAUAUCUUUAGUGCAUCCCAAUGCAAAACAAAGCUGAAUUCGGACCAUUCAUAUACAUGUGAGUGCGAAUUUUUAAAUCUUAUUUCAUUGAUUCCUUCUCCCGAUGUUUACCCAGUAAUUAAAAACAUUUUGGGAAAAAUCGAGCUAGAAGUGUAUGAAGGAUUUUCAUGGAUCACUUUUGCCAUCUUUUCCUUGUUGACGAUAAUUUAUUUGGUAUUGCUGAGAGAUUUAAUCAGAAUUGAUAAAUUUACCCACAAGCUUUUAAAAAGAAAAGUAAAAUCAAUUAUAGCCAAAAUCAAAGAUUCAAUAAAAGAUCAAUUAAAUUUACUCCAAUCUAGGGAAAAUAUAGAUAAUUGCUUCGAAAAUGCUAAAUUGUUGAUUUACAAAGAUGUAAUCAAUCAUCUGUCUGAUCCAAAAGAAAAAAUGUUUUUGCCUAAUUUGUUGACGAAAAAAAGGAUAAUGAAGCAGGCUAAUGAUAGUUUUAUUGAAAGGGAUUUGGCAAAGCUUAUUUCUCGCAUUAAUGAGAUGGACUUGGAUGAAGAUUUUCAAAGAAUAAAAAAUAGGCUUAUUACUAAAAAAGGAUAUAUGAGGAAAAUUUACUAUUAUAUAAUGAAAAUAUUCAAAAUAAAAGAUCAAGAUAAAAUAUUUUUUAGCGAAAUUAUUGAAAAUGAAGCAAGAAAACUUGGCAUUGAAAUUGAUUUUACUGAAGAACUAAUUGAAAAGUUGUUGGAGUAUUUGAAAAAGCCGAAUAUCAUUAUGUACCAGCCAGAAGAACUUGAAAAGAAAGAAGAUAAAAAAAAUAUAGCAGGCCUAAUUUAUUUAGAAUUUAAAGGUCUACAAAAUGUAUUGGAAAAUCGACGCGAAGAUAAAACCCUGUAUAAUGAAAGCCGAAUUGAAAAUCUUAUACCAUACGAUAUUGAAUUGAACUCUCAGUAUAAAUCAAACUGAUAUUUUAUAUUCGUUUCUUAUCUUCAGCGUAAUAUCCACAGUAAUUUUGAGCCAGAGCAUUCUUUUACUUAUUAUUUCCUCAAGGAUAACUUAGUUUUAGGCUUAAUUGGGUUCACAAACUUAAACUUCUCUCGAAAAGGAAGGCUUACCCUAUUAAUGGUCAGUCUUUUUAUAAAUACUUGGCUGACAAUAUUGCUUUUUGGCUCUGGUUAUCAUUUCGAUAAUCAAGAGCUGUAUUAUGGAAUAUCUAAAUUACAUGUUAUCCUUUAUGCUUUGUCCUUUGCAAUUGGCUUAAUUGUUACUAUUAUAGCGAUCUUUUUGCCAAGCAACUAUUUAAAGGAAGAAUUUUUAGCAAAAAAAGUAUUCAAAAGCGUAACUUCAAGGAUCUUCUAUGGAGUAAGUUGGAUCGUAAUGAUAAUGCUUUUCAUUACUGGCUGCAUGGGAGCUAGUAAGCUGGAUUUAUAUGACCAAGUAACUCUGACAAAAGAAAUUUUUAUGAACUUGUUUUUUGCUAUUUUGUCAGAGGCUUUUGUUAAACCAUUAUGCUGGUGGUGCUAUAAAUGGUUCAAAUAUAAUGAGCUAAGCCCAAUUGUGGGAGUUUUAAUAAAGAGAUUAAAUUGUUGUAAGAAGCCAAGCAAAGGAAUCCAUGAAAAAAAGAUUUUACCUGAAGCAGGAAAAAUUUAG